AUGUAUUCCGUAUCCAGCCAAUCAAAGCCACUGCCACUCAGGCACCUCUUGUUGUUUCAAAGACCAGUACCGGAGGGAAGACCAAGGUUGGAAUCAAUGAAUUUAAAGAACAUCAACCUUGCAGGUUUUGGACGAAUUGGAAGGUUAGUUUUGAGAAUAGCAACAUUUAGAGACGAUAUUGAGGUUGUUGUAGUCAACGACCCUUUUAUUGAUUGCAAGUACAUGGCUUACUUGGUGAAGUAUGAUUCUACUCAUGGCUUAUUCAAAGGAACCAUCAAGGGUGGUGCUAAGAAGGUGCUGAUCUCAGCUCCAUCAGCUGAUGCGCCCAUGUUUGUUGUAGGGGUAAAUGAGACCACAUACAAACCAAACAUGGAUAUUAUAUCCAAUGCCAACUGUACUACUAACUGCUUAGCCCCUUUAGCCAAGGUGGUUCAUGAUGAGUUCGGUAUCAUUGAAGGUUUGAUGACAACUGUACAUGCAAACACAGGUGUUGACAUUUAUUAA